UCAUUAGCCAUAAUGUAAAACUGUCAGUUGGCCAAAUAAGAUUUAAAUCCUACAUUAUUGCCAUCCAUUUGUGAUUGAAUCUUAUACUACUAAAAGUUUGGUCUGCAGCGAUACAGUUCUUCUGUUUCCUUCAUUUGUUAUCUUGAUAUGCUAAUUAGGUGUGAGCAAAGAUUAAGCAAAUUGGCCCUGAUGUUGCAUGUCUCAAAAUAGCCCUCCAAUGCUACUGAGAGGCUUUGACCAGCACUCGGAGAAAUAACGGAUGCACACUUUCUGUUGUUUAGCCGCUAUAAUUAAGGUCAAAUGUGAGAUCUACGCCACCUCUACACAAAAUGAGCAACACACCCGUCCAGGAGGAGGCCCAGGAGCUACCUGCUCAGGAAUUGUCCUCUGGCAGUGAGCAGACAUUACCCUCCCGACCCUUACAGCCAACCUCUGAGCCCUCAUCUUCUAAAAGAGUAUGUUUCUACAAAAGUGGUGACUAUAAAUUCAGUGGGCAUCGCAUGGUCAUCAAUGCCCGCACUUUCAAGACAUUCGACGCUCUACUAGAUGCUCUGUCCAAAAAAGUGCCACUGCCAUUUGGAGUGAGGACCAUCACCACACCUCGCGGGACCCACCUGGUUAAGGCUUUAGAUGGCUUGCAUGAUGGGGGAUCGUAUGUGUGUUCUGAUCAGAAACGGGUGAAGCCAUUUAACCUGGAUGAAGUGAACCGGCGGCAGGUACCGUGGAAUACUACCAGACCCUUCAGCGCAGGGCGACGAAAACGUCAAGGACCCAAGUUUGGCAGAAGGAAUGAAGUCGCCACCAACAGACCAGCAAAGGUCACUGAUAGGGUGGCAGUACGGACACCAAAGAGGCUUGUGGUCAUCAAGAAUAGGGAUCCCACUGUUAAACGCACAAUUGUGUUGCAGAGAAGAACAGCACCAACAUUUGAUGCUUUACUGGAUUACCUUUCCCAGAUUCUGCAGUUCCCAGUGCUGAAAAUCUUCUCUACGGAUGGCAGAAGACUUGAUAGUCUUGCAGGACUUAUCCUGUGCUCUGGAGUUGUUGUGGCAGCGGGCAACGAGCCAUUCAGAUUAGGAAACUACAGUUUUCAAGGAGCAGGCCAGAUGGCACAAGAAAUGUACAUGGAUACUGUGGAACCAUCUAUGUUGCAGCCCAGAACUCAGAACAACAAAUCUUUGUCGAGUGGAAGAGGCUCAAGGAAUUUUUCCUUAUCAUCAGAGAGAUAUAUUGUCAACCAGAUAAACAGCUCUCGAAAUGGAAGCGCAAACGGCCACCUGCUUCACCACAACGGAUCAUUUGAAACGGAGGUCAACCAUCGUCACAAAUCAACAGAGACACGUGGAACUGGGAGGGUAGAUAGCGAGCAUCAUGCUGGCAUUGUACCUCAGGACGAUGACAUCGAAAAGUCUUUCCGUGUGAAUCAAGAUGGCAGCAUGACAGUGGAGAUGAAAGUUCGUCUGACCAUUAAAGAGGAGGAGAUGCUCCACUGGACUACCACACUCAGCCGCUCCAGCCUUAGCAAGGGGACAGUUUGUGCCUCGAUAUCUGAGUCGGGCAACAGCUCACUUGACUUAAACAACGCCGUUGCCAAAGAUUCCUCUAGCUUCAGUGAAGAUGAAACAAAAGAGGAGAAUCAUCCCGCUGGAGCUGGAAAGGGUGUCGGCUUUAACGACGAGCGAGCAUAUGAGGGCUACACUUCCACGGCCUUGGGAGAAGCAAAAACUGGUUUCAAAUGCACUCCUACGCCAGGUCCUCGGCAAGUUACGAAGAAGGCAUCUGUUGAGAGUGUGAAGACAGUGAGAGAGUCAGGGGUUCAGAAGAGCACACUGGGACAUUAUUCCUACAUGGAGAGGACAGCUGAUGGUGAGACAACUGAAGGAUACUGCGUUGUCAGACACAGCAGCAGCAGCAAAAGGCCAAUCCCAAAACCUCGGAAAACAGCGUCUGUAGGGGCGAGCAACAAAGGCUCCCACUCCUCUAUCAGUUCGUCAGGAGUAGCUGAGGUCCUUCAGAUACAGAAUAAUGGGAUGGAGGUUACAGAGACUGUGAUGCAUAUUUAUGAGAGUCAAGGCUGCUACGACAACUAUUUUGCAAAUGAGAAACAUAGCGCAGAUGGUGAAACUUCGCAAUGUUCCACUCCAGCGCCAGAAAGUAAACCAUCCAUUGACUCAGGGCAGCGUUCAACCAGCAAUGAUUGUGAUAUAGACUUUAACUGGCAGCCACCCACAAGUGACUCACUGCAAAGACAGAAAGAGGAGAUGUUAUCAUUGUCAUCAGAGCCAACCCCAACACAUGAGAUCACUGCAACAAACUCCCAAAUACAGGAGACAGUAAGAAAAGACAAAACUAAACGUGAGACAAAGAAAAAGAUGAUUAAACCUGCUCGGAAUCAGAAGAGUUCAACUUCAACAAGCAAUCCAAGUAAAAAACAAAAGGAAAGCAUUGUAAGCCCCUCAAACAAUAGCAAACAUUCAUCUCCAGACAAGCUCAGCAGCAAUGCCAGUGUGGAAAAAAAGGCUUUAAGUUCAUCAGAAAGUGCUAGAAGUGGUCAAAAGAGUAGAGGAGCAGAAAAGCCUCAAAUUAAGAAAGUGAGUACAGAUGAAAAGACGCUAAGAAAGGAGGAAGCCUUAAAAAUGACUACACCUAAGGGACAAAACGUGAGUAAAGCAGCUGCUAAAUACAAUGGCCAUAAUGUAAAUACUCCAACUGGAAGGCCUCAAAUGAAGAAGAACAUGUCAGACAUUUUACAACCCAAAAAAUCACUUUAUCCUGACAAAAAGACAAUUAGCAAGCCAAAAGUCAUGACUGGAAACAGAACACCAUCACCUAAAAAGUCUUUACAGUUGAGUGAGAGUUUUUCGAUGCCCUCUCUCAAUCCUUCACCCUCUGAAAUCCACCAAUAUGUUGAGAACUGGUUGGAGAAAGUCAGCCCAGACCCAGUGCCAUACACUGAGGAGGCCAUCACAACUGAAUCAGAGCCUCGGACAAAAAUUGUGUUUCAGAUAGGUGGUGAUUCCGAAUUAGAUGAAAAUAGCGAAUGCCAGAGUCAUCAGGAUGAGUAUGAUCCAUCACCCGGCGAGGCUGUCAAGGCAUCAGCGUCCUGUCUAUCAGUACCUCAUUGUCAUGGAACUACAGCUCUGCUGCACAAUGAACGAUAUAUGAGAGGUUUAUGUGUUUCAAUGCCGAGUGUCAGAGACGACCCUGUGCACCAGGAGAACAGACUGAGGCCACACAAAUCUGCAGAGGCUAUCGUUCCAGCUGACAAUGAAGCCCCUUCAUCUAAAUCCAACAUUUUGGAUUCAAGAGCAAAUAUAAAACCUGUCCUGCGGGAACUUUAUUCAUCUAUUCACUGCAUCAGAAGUGCAUCUGAAACCAACACAACAUCCAACCUUGAGAAGUCCAACAGUCUUCCUGAUUUUUCAACACAAGUGGCAUCAGCGUUGGGCUCGUCAUGUAAAGCCUUUGUGUCAUUCUUAUCAGUGAUGACUCUGCGAGAUAACCUAACAGGAUCUGCGCCGGGAGACUGCACCCAAUCAAGAAGCCCCUCAGAGGCCAUGCUGAUGGUGGAAUCCCUGCAAAAGAUUUCUGCCAUCGAGGACGAGGAAGAGCUGAGGGCAAGUUUGACGGAUCUACAGAGCAGAGCAUCUUCUCAGUUCAGAGAACGCUGGAAGGAUUUCCAGAUUCUGAGGGAAAGGCUUGACAGUGAACCGCUGUCUUCCAAAGUUUCAGAAACAGAAUUUGCCCUGGAUCUUUUCUCCGAAAGGGGUGAUGCAUUUGAGGAUCUUGACGAGCUGAUGGAUGAGCUGAAUAUGCCGCAAGACCUCAGAGAAGAGAUUUCUUCAACAAUCCAACAAGCUAAAAGUUUUUACCCUGUAGAGGACAGCACUUUUGUAGAAACUGAAAGAAACCAAUCGGACUCAGAGGAAGAUGUGGAAACAUUUACUGAAGAAUGCAACGAUGAAACAAAACAAUCACCUGAGCCUGAUACCUGCAUGGCUGAGGACACUACUCAGACAAAACAGGAUGAUGAUAAUGGAGAGAUAGAUAACUUAAAGAAAAUGCAAUCUGUGUAUACUGAACAGGCCAAGAUGACGACCGAGUCAGAGCAAGAACCUGAGAAAGAAUCAGAAAUAUCCCAGACAGAAGGAGAUGAGACCUUAACAGAGAAAGAAAAUGACAAGGAAGAAGGGGAACACAUAGAGGAUAGGGAGGUGGUGAAUGACAGAGAGGAUGGACAUACAAAUGAGAUAGUUUAUAAUGACGAUGAUGGUGAUAAUGAUGAUGAUAGUUGUGGUGAAGAGACUGAAAAGGCAGAAAAGGAAGAUGCAGAAGAGGGGGCAGUGACAGAAGUGGAUGUCAAGGGAGAGGAGGAAUCGGAAAAGGAAAAGGGAAGUGUAGAGGAGGAGGAGGAGGAAUCUGUUCAGGAAGUAGAUGGAGGGGCACAGGGAAAGAUGACAGUGGAUGAAGAGGAAGAGGGGCAGAAAUUAGAAGAAGCAGAGGAGGGAUUAAUGGAUGCAGAAGCUCAACAAGCAAGAAAGGAUGAUAGUGUUAAUGAGACAGAUGAGAGAGAGGGUGUUGAUGAGACAGAGGAAGGGGAGUAUGAGGUUGAUGAAGAAGAAAGGGUUGAGGAAUGUAGAACUGAGGUGAGGCAAGGUGAAGAGAUUGAAGAAGAGGCAAAUGAGGUUAUUGAGGAGUCAGAUCAAGGAGAGGAAGUAGGAAAUAUCAUUGAAGAAGUGGAGGAGGAGGAGGAGGAGGAGGAGGAGGAGGAGGAAGAAGACGAAGCAGAUGAGGUUAUUGGGGAGCCAGAUGAAGGAGAGGUAGUAGGAAAUAUCGAAGAAGUGGAGGAGGAGGAGGAAGAGGAAAAAGAAGCAGAUGAGGUUAUUGGGGAGCCAGAUGAAGGAGAGAUAGUAGGAAAUAUCGAAGAAGUGGAGGAGGAGGAGGAAGAGGAAAAGAAGCAGAUGAGGUUAUUGGGGAGCCAGAUGAAGGAGAGAUAGUAAAAUAUCGAAGAAGUGGAGGAGGAGGAAGAGGAAAAAGAAGCAGAUGAGGUUAUUGGGGAGACAGAUGAAGGAGAAGAAGUAGGAAAUAGUGAAGAAGUGGAGGAGGAGGAGGAAGAGGAUGAAGAAGCAGAUGAGGUUAUUGGGGAGACAGAUGAAGGAGAGAUAGGAAAUAUCGAAGAAGUGGAGGAGGAGGAGGAAGAGGACAAAGAAGCAGAUGAGGUUAUUGGGGAGACAGAUGAAGGAGAAGAAGUAGGAAAUAUUGAAGAAGUUGAGGAGGAGGAGGAAGAGGAAAAAGAAGCAGAUGAGGUUAUUGGGGAGACAGAUGAAGAAGAAGAAGUAGGAAAUAUUGAAGAAGCGGAAGAAGGGAAGGAACAAGAAGCAGAUGCUUUUACUGAAGAAGUUGAGGAGGAGGAGGAGGAAGAAGAAGAAGCAGAUGAGGUUAUUGGAGAGACAGAUGAAGAAGAGGAGAGAAAAAAUGUUGUUGAGGAAAGAGAUGAGGAAGAGGACAAAACCGAGGUGGUUAGUGAGGAAGACAAUGAGAAGGAAGAUGAGGAGGAGGAAGAGAGAGAACAAGAGGUGGGGGAGGAUGGUGAGGACGUUGAUGUCAUACAUAUAAAAGAAAGGGGGACUACAGAUGAGGAAGAGGAAGAAGAUGACAUUGAUAUGAAUAUAGAAGAGGAAGAAAGGUGUGACGAGGGUGAGGAGAGCAGGAAAGAGCUGGAGAAAACAGUAAAUAGUCUUGAGGAAGAAUCAGAAGAAGAGAAAGAAGUUGUAGAGGAGAUUGAAGAAAACAUGAAAACAGGGCAAAUGCUAGAUGAAGAGGAGAGGGAAGAUGAUGAAGAACACAAAAGUAAUGAGUCAAAUGAGGGGUUAUACGAGGAUGAAGAGCAAGAAUCAAAGGAUGAGGCACAGGACGAAAAUGGUACUGAUGAUGCAGGCAGUAUUACUAGUGGUACAGAUGGUAAAAACCUACUAGAGGAGGCCUCGUAUUUGCAGCAGCAGAGUAGCUGUGAUGAAGCAAAUGGAGACGCAAAGGUAGCAGAACACAACACUGAAUCAUCAUCCAAAUAUUCCUCUGAGGGUCAGUGUGAGGAUGAUAAAGGUGAUGGAACAGACACUGUUAAGGAACUUGAAACAGACGAGGGAGGGGAGCCUCCCGAGGAAGGAAGCAGUAGUCUACAACACCCAGCGGAAAUAUCACAGGAAUUACUUGACUUUGUUAACUCUGCCCUACAGUCCUCUUCACUUAUAUUCACGUACGACACUCAGGGGAAAAUCAGGAUAGAGCCAGAUAAUGCUCGAGUUACACAAGCUAAACAAACUGUUAUUCCAAAAAGUAGACAGGAUGUUUUGUACGGCUUAAAGCGUCUUCAGAGCCCGAGCACUUCAGAUUUGUCUGAUUACAGGCCAGAAACGUCAGAGAGUGGUGGAUAUGAAACUCUGUCUGUAGAUAUUGUCACUGAGAGUGGAGAAGAGGGUUCUCCAUUCUGCAGACGUAAGACUGAUAUCCCUAACAGGAGAACAAAUGCGGAGCGAGCUAACUCCAAACUGUCUGUUGCAAGUCAUACAGAAGUCUUGCAAAAUGCCCCAUUCAAAAGUGAAGGGAGUUUCUCUUCUGACUCAGGCACCAAAGCCUCAAAGGAGGAUCUGUCUUAUUUCAGUGCUGCGAGCUCACAAAAGGCAGAUGGCGAACCUGCCACAGAGACCACACGGUGCAUUUCUUUCACCCCAGAAAAAGACUCAGCUGAUGGGGUUCUGAUCGACCAAGGUAGAUGGCUGCUCAAGGAGAAUCACCUUAUCAGAAAAUCACCUCCAGUCUCCCUGGGAAUGUACAGUCAUUUAGAUAGCACAUCUAUAGAUACAGAUCAGGAGAACUCUAGCAAGGAGUCCCAAUCGCAUUGGAAAUCCCAGCACAACCCUCUUGAAGCCAUAUCCUCAUCAGAGCUUGAGGAGAUGGCGAAGCCUCUAACACCGAAGUGCACCUACUACAACAUGCCACAUGGAAGCGAUUCUGACCCCUUUUUGGAUGAUUCCAGUGUCAAAAGUGGGAAAAAAGAUGCAAGCAGUGUUAAAGGGAGGGGUUUCAGGGUGUCACCUACGAUUGAUACGUCCAAAACCUGGGCAAGUAAAAAUGGUAGUCUGUCUUCAUUUGCAUCAGUUGAGUUUAAAAUGCCAGACAGUAAAGUGCAUCCUGAGGAGGAGUCCUCAGCUGUGACAAAGGCAAGACAGACAUCUAGUGGAGGAGGACGUGUACUGCAAUCACAAGACUCCCUUGACACGCUACCUGUGAGAUGUGGCCAAUACUGCCCCAUACUAUAAAAAAAGGACAUUUAUUUCACAGAAAUAUGCACACACACUGGUCCUGCGUGUGCUGUCAGUUGGCUAUGGUUAUUUUGUUGUAAUGCAGCUAGAAAUGUUUCCUCAAAUAAUCAUGAACAAAAACUUUUCUUACAGCACCACCGGACCUACAGACGUGUGGUGAUUGAAGAGAGUUGUGCCUCUUAUUUAUGUUUGAAUAAAAUCAAAAAUAUACAUUUACACACAUUAACUGCAAUGCUGUGUUUUUGGUGGUGGCUGAGGAGAUCCAUCACAGAGAUAAUUAAGUAAGUAGCCUAAGUAAUUACAAAAUCAAAAAUAGAAUAUAGCAUUAUCAGCAGAUGAACAACUUUUUAAAACUUCUUUUACUGAUUUAAUUCUCCUGACUGUACAUCACUGUAUAUAUUAUUACAAGUAUACAAGUAAUUAAGUCAUUAGUUUUUAUUGAAUAUAGUGCAAUACAUCAGAGAAAUUACUGUAUCUGCCAAGGAAAGCAGAUUUUAUAUAUUGUUAUAUUUUUUUAUUGCUUGUUUGGAUUCUUCUAGAACUCUGAAUUUGUGCAAUGCAUGUUCAGUGAUUACUGUGGAUUCUCUCAGGAUUUUAACAAAGGACUACUGUAUGCCAAUUGAGAACUGUUUAUUCUGUGACAAGAAAAUUCCGAAAUUCAUUAUAAGGCAGCUUCUAACAAAGCUUGUUUUUAGCUGUAAUCAUUUUAAUUCAAUAUUCAAUAAACCAUGUUUAAUUUUUUA